AAGGUUACUGGUCGUUUACUUUCGAUAUUAACUGCAUUGGACCUGAGAGCCGAAGCAUACUCUUCUUAAAACUCUGGACUAAAUCACCAAAAAUGAGAGCACUCAUCACUUUUGCCCUGUUCUGUGUGCUGUACGUCACUGUACAAGGGAAAACAUCCAGUCCCAAGGUCCAGGUGUACAGCCAUUUUCCUGGAGAGUAUGGAAAGGAGAACACCCUAAUCUGCCAUGUCAGUGGCUUCCACCCUCCUGAUAUCACCAUUGAACUGCUGAAGGAUGGCGAGAUUCUCCCAAAUACCCAGCAGACUGACCUGGCCUUCGAAAAGGGCUGGCAGUUUCACCUUACCAAGAGCGUCACCUUCAAACCAGAGAGAGGACAGAACUACGCCUGCAGUGUUCGACACAUGGGCAAUAAAAAUGCCUAUUCUUGGGAGCCCAACAUGUAAAGC